AUGUUUUUGUCUGUGGCCUUAACACUACUUCUCCUCGGCUCGGCGAAUGCUGCUACCAUUGGGCUUCAGUUCACCAACGGAGACUCCGCCACAGGUGAAACGGACCCAAAUGUAAGCAGUGGUUGUACUUACUGGGCCAACUCCAUCGAAUCAACGGACACCUGUGCCGCGCUUGAGAACUACUAUGGUAUCACCACUGCGCAGCUAGUUUCCUGGAAUCCUUCCCUAUCAGCUACCAACUGUGCUCUGAACGAGGGAUGGAGCUAUUGUGUUGAAGCUCCUGCCGUUAAGCCCACCACGACUAAGAAGACAACCACCACUACCACUACGAAGGCCACGACAACCACUUCCUCCACCCUCAAGACUACAACCACUGCAGCUACAACAACGAGGGCUGGUGGUCCAUCUCCUACUCAGACAGGGCUAAUCUCCACGUGCAACUCCUAUUACUUCGUACAGAACGGUGAUUCAUGCUGGGCGAUUGUGAACUCUUACGGAAGCUUCACGUUGGAUCAAUUCUAUUCUUGGAACCCAGCUGUUAAGAGCGAUUGCUCUGGACUCCAGUCUGGCUAUUAUGUCUGCGUUGGCGUCGUCGGAUCCGGUGCUACAACUACGACUUCGAAAAAAGCCACAACCACGACAGCGCCACCAAAGACUACCACUGAUCCCCAUUCACCGCGUCAAAGCGGUAUUGCUUCCAACUGUAACAGUUACUACUUCGUAGAAGCCGGCGACGAGUGUGGCAAGAUCGCUACAAAAUAUGGCAUCACCCUGAGCAACUUUUACGCCUGGAACCCUGCCGUCGGAUCAACUUGUGGUAAUCUCCAAGCAGGUUACUGGGUCUGCGUUGGCGUUACAGGCAAAGCCACCACAACUACUAAAACAACCACCAAAAAGGCUACAACUACAAAGACGACAACCACAAAGGCCACGACAACCACAGCCACCGGGCCAUCCCCAACACAGUCCGGCAUUGUCGCAGGAUGCUCGACCUACUACCAAGCCAAGGAAGGCGACAGCUGCUGGUCAAUCGUGAAUGAGAAGUAUACCUACCUGACAACGGCCAAGUUUUACAAAUGGAACCCCGCGGUGGGCUCCAGCUGUAGCAACUUGCAGGUUGGGUACUACUACUGCGUCGCGACAAAGGACGAGGCUCCCAUGCCAAACACCAUAAGCACGUGCAAAAAGUGGCAUCUCGUAGCUAGUGGUGACAGUUGUUGGUCAAUUGAGCAGCAGUAUUCGAUCACUGCGGCGCAGUUUGGGAAGUGGAAUCCUUAUGUUGGAUCGUCUUGUGCGUCUCUGUGGCUGGGAUACUAUGUCUGUGUUGGUGUUUGA